UCACGACAAUCCACGUGCCACACGGCUGCCGCACGUCAAACCUCACAUUCACAACCAUGAAGCUGCUGAUCGCAAUCUCCGCUCUUAUUGCCGUUGCGGCGGCUCUUCCCCAAAGGAAGGUUUCGUUGAAGCCAGAACAGCAAGUGGAAGACCAACUCCCACUUGAACAAAACUUCAACAACUAUCAGCCCCAGCAACAGGAAUAUAGGUCAGCAAAACCAGUCGAUGACUUCAGACCUAAAGUCCAAUUGGAGACCAGUACCUACAUCCCCAUUAUCCGUUUCGAUAAGGAACAAGGAACCGACGGAAGCUACAAAACUUCAUAUGAAACUGGUAACAACAUUCAGGCUCAAGAGCAAGGUUAUUUGAAGACAGUCGGUGAUAACCAAGACAACACUGCUCUGGUCCAACAGGGAUCCUAUACAUACACAGCCCCUGAUGGUCAAGUCAUUACCGUCGAGUACACCGCUGACGAGUUCGGUUUCAGAGUUUCCGGCGACCACAUCCCCACCCCUCCCCCUGUAUCGGCUGAAAUUCAAAAAGGCCUUGACCUUAUCUACGCCGGCAUCAAGGCUAACCAGGAACGCGCCGCCAUAGAAGCCAAGUCAAACCCCGAAGCUGCCAGACAACAAGAAGAGAAAGCCGCUCUCGAUUACAAAGGUCAAUACUACCAGCAAUAAUUAACUAAUAUCUCAAGUAAACGUAGUUUAGACCUAAGUAAUUCGAGAUCCGCAAUAUGUACUUUGACGUAAUGUUGUGUCCUGCUCACUCUUAAUGAUUUCAAGUACGUUAAAGUAGAACCGAAUAUUAUGUCGCAGAACAAACCGUCAUCUUGUUGGUGAAAACAGACAUGAUGGACAUUCAAUACUCUCGUCUCUGCCGACCAAUAAGAAUUAAUAUAAAGGAUGUAAUUCUAUGUCCUACUUUUGUUCAUAGCAGACUGACUAGCUUACUUUAUGAACUUUAUCUAAAUACUUGACGAGCUUUGGAAAAUUUUAGACCCUGUAAUAUAAUUAAGCCAUGAAUGUGUUCGACAAGAGUUCAUCUUUUUUUUUUUUUCAAAUUCAAAGCUUUAAAUAUUUCACAGUAAACAAAUUGAUAACAAAUUGAUUCUCCGUAAACAAAUUGAUAACUGCCUUGUGCAAGUCAAGAUAAAUCUGAAUUUCAAACCACAUAUCUUGAAUAUGUAUAAGAACUUAAGCGCACCUUAAUACUAGAAAUAGAAAUACUCGUUAUUUCACAUUUAAUUAAGUUAUAUAAGCAUAAAAUGCACUGUUAUCACAGCACCUAAUCAUAAAAUAGGUUUAACAAUCUCUAUAUACAAGAAAUCUGGUGACUCUCUGUGCCAUUAGCUUCAAACAUGUAGUAUCAAGAAAUAUUUCCUACAUCACCAAAUCAAAUACAACGACAGUAACUAGCCUGUAAGAACAAUGUUUCAACUUUUGUAAAUAAGUUUUUACCUACUCUUGUUAAUAAAG